GGACUCUUUGCCGCAGAGUGGUAGGUGCAGCGAUGGGGAAGCAAUUGUUAGCUGUCCCACAUCCCGUCAGCAUUGCUGGCACGCAAGCGCGCACACACACACCACACACACACACACACACACACACACACAGAGAGACACUAAAUGAGCAGCAGCCAGUCUAAGAGCUGCCAGAGUGGGAAGUAGCAGUAGCUUCAGGAGAGCUCCUUCCAGUCGAGCAGUAUCUGAGUGAGUGAAUCCUUCCAGUGCUCCUGAAACUCAGACAUCGAGCAUACGCACUCCAUACACGGGCAUGCAGGAGAAGAAGAAAAAAAGCUUGGAGAACAGGCCGGCUGCGGUGCAGGGGUCCCCACACACUGGCCAGCCCCCGGCAUGCAUGAACCCCGACUUGAUGAACGCUCCCUGGCAGUAUCGCUAUGAAGAUGAGGACUCUCCGCCUGAGCACGGGUUCCCGCGGCUGACCAACGAGGUGCGCGCCCCUGAGUUGGUGCACGUGUCGGAGAAGAACCUCUCAGAGAUUGAGAAUGUGCAUGGCUACGUGUCCCACUCCCAUAUCUCCCCGCUCAAGGCGAGUCCCGCCCCAAUAAUUGUCAACACGGAUACUCUGGAGUCUGUACCUUACGUGAACGGGACAGAAAUUGAAUAUGAGUUUGAAGAAAUCACGCUAGAGCGGGGGAACUCAGGGUUGGGCUUCAGCAUAGCUGGAGGGACAGAUAACCCCCAUGUCGGCGAUGACCCAGGGAUCUUCAUCACCAAGAUCAUCUCUGGUGGCGCGGCAGCAGAGGAUGGCAGGUUAAGAGUGAAUGACUGCAUCCUGCGGGUGAAUGAUGCCGACGUGUCCGAGGUGUCCCACAGUAAGGCUGUGGAGGCACUGAAGGUGGCCGGCUCCAUCGUCAGCCUCUACGUUCGCCGGAGGAGACCCAUGCUGGAAACUGUCAUUGAGAUCAAACUCAUCAAAGGACCAAAAGGGCUGGGCUUUAGCAUCGCAGGAGGGGUGGGCAACCAGCACAUCCCGGGGGACAACAGCAUCUAUGUAACUAAGAUCAUAGAUGGCGGUGCAGCACAGAAGGACCAGCGCUUGCAGGUUGGAGACAGGCUGCUUAUGGUGAACAACUACACUCUGGAAGAGGUCUCCCACGAGGAGGCAGUAGCCAUACUGAAGAACACGUCUGACGUUGUCUACCUGAAGGUGGGCAAGCCCACCAGUGUUUACUUAUCAGAUCCCUAUGGGCCACCUGAUAUCACGCACUCGUUCUCUCCAGCAAUGGAAAAUCAUAUCUCUUCCGUGGGAAACAACGGCACUCUGGAAUACAAGUGCAGUCUUCCCCCCAUGCCCAUCUCCCCCGGAAGGUACUCCCCCCUCCCAAACCAACUACUCGGGGAAGAGGACAUAAACAGGUUGGAUGGUUUUUCCUUCUUACGAAAUGCCUCAAUAGAUGACGGAGAGGGUCACAGGUUUGAUUCGCAGCACUUCCAGUUGAGGCCUCCUGAGCCAGUUUACAGCACUGUGAACAAACUGUGUGACAAAACACCUUCUCCCCGCUGCUAUUCCCCCAUGGAGUGUGACAAAAGCCUCCUCCACUCCAUACCCUUCCCUCACUAUCACUUAGGCCUGCUCCCUGACUCCGAGAUCACCAGGGAUCCCAGGAGGAUGGUCCUCCACAAGGGCUCCACAGGCCUGGGAUUCAACAUCGUGGGUGGGGAGGACGGAGAGGGCAUCUUUGUCUCCUUCAUCCUGGCGGGAGGGCCCGCCGACCUAAGCGGAGAGCUGCGGAGGGGAGACCAGAUCCUGUCGGUUAAUGGCAUCGACCUACGCGGGGCCACCCACGAGCAAGCGGCUGCGGCACUAAAGGGGGCGGGCCAAACGGUCACCAUCAUUGCCCAGUACCGUCCCGAGGAACUUGCUUUGUGCUCCCCGCGCCGGGCCCCUUCGCCAGCACCAGAGUACGGGCGCUUCGAGGCCAAAAUCCAUGAUCUGCGGGAACAGAUGAUGAACCACAGCAUGAGCUCUGGGUCCGGAUCCCUCCGAACCAAUCAGAAACGCUCCCUUUACGUCAGAGCACAGUUUGACUAUGAGAAGGCCAAAGACAGUGGCCUCCCUAGCCAAGGCCUCAGCUUUAGAUACGGGGACAUCCUCCACGUCAUCAACGCCUCAGACGAUGAAUGGUGGCAGGCCCGAAGGGUGACCCCCGAUGGGGACAGCGAGGAGAUGGGGGUCAUCCCCAGCAAGAGGAGGGUUGAGAGGAAAGAACGAGCACGUCUAAAGACAGUGAAGUUCAAUGCCAAACCUGGAAUGGAUUCAAAAGGGUCAUUCAAUGACAAGCGUAAAAAGAACCUCAUCUUUACACGAAAGUUCCCAUUCUACAAGAACGAGCUGGGUGAGCAGGAUGGCAGUGAUUCCGAACGGAGUCAAGAGGACAUGAUUCUCUCUUAUGAGCCUGUCAUUCGACAUGAGAUUAAUUACACCAGACCCGUCAUAAUCCUUGGACCGAUGAAGGACAGAAUCAAUGACGACCUGAUAUCAGAAUACCCGGACAAAUUUGGCUCCUGCGUGCCGCCAGCUAACAGUUCAGGGCAUCGAGGUAAGUAAGCCACGUCGUUGCUGGUAUACAGAAUAUAUGUAGUGUAACCAAGUUGUUGGUAAAGUCAAUGUAGUGAAAGGUAGUAGAAUAGGUUCCACUCUGUUGUAAGUAUUUGAUUCAAAAUGUGCUUAUGUAGAAGUAUUGACAUUUAAAAAUACAAAAAUGCCUCUCUAUACACAGUUACCAGGAGAUCUAUAGAUUCACCGUGGGGAAUGUGUAGAUUUCUGUUCUCACUGGUAAAUCUAUAUAUUCCCCAGAAAAACCGACACAUUUUUUAACCAAUGCGACAGAGAAUCUAUAGAUUUCCCUAUUAUACACAUUUACGUUAACACAUAUACCAAAAAUUCAGAUUGAACAAAAAGCACAUUCAGGGCUUGAUUCUAUCCCUAUGGCGGAAGUUCAGCACUCCAGGGCAAUUUAAAGGGUAAAGGUCAUUUCCAAUUGAGCUGACAUAUGCAGCGUUUACCGUGAAUGUAGUCUCUGCGAACUCGCGGACAUUGCCUUUCAUUUAAAUUUCAAUUGUGUUAUUGCACUGAACUUCCACGAAACGGAUUGAAUCAAGCCCUUAGAUUAUCAUAACACUUACACUGGGUUUACAUUCUAUCACACUGAAAACCCUACACCCUCCAGAUUUCCACGUAGGUGUACUAGUUAUAAUGGGUUCAAAACGAUCAUGUUAUUUUGAAAAAUGUUCUAACAGUGAACAAUGAAUUAGUUUGUUUACACACACAAACAGGCAGUUGUGUUUGUGUAUCUACACUGUGAUCCCACUGUGCCUGCCUUUUUGUAACUAUAUUGUAAAUAAAAAGGUAUCAGUCACUUACUGUAAAGUGGGACCAUACUAACAAAUGACAUUAAGGCUAGAAUCCUUCGUUGCUACAGCCAUUUGUGGACUGAAAAUUAAAUAUCAAUACUCAUUGAUUCUUGAAGAAUAUAACUUUAUAAAUGGCUCAUAUGCUUAGUUCACCUGUCGUACCACAUCAGAAACCCUUAAUUAAAGCUUAUUUCACUGCAAUGUUUGUAAACAAUGUAAAUAAAUCGUAUAUAGCCUUAAAACAAUAUUUUUUAUAUAAUGGAUGGUCAGUCCUUGCAUCCAUAGCUCUGUCUGGGAAUUUGAGAGGGGUUACAUUUCUCCAGGCCCAUCCCUCAGCUUCCUACCAAAACCGACGAGGGGGACCGCUUUAUUGUUUCAAUUAAGGACUCUAUCUUUAAAUGUUGUCUUGUGAACAACCUUUUUUCCCCUGAUUGUUUGAAGACCUUGAUUUCAAAGUGGUUGGAAAAAGUUUGUAUUUUUCUAACAAAUAGAUAACGUUUGAUAAAAAUAAAACAUUUGAAAGGUCGCGGUUUCGACUCGGUGAAAUAUCUGUCGAUGUUCCCUCAAGCAAAGCACUCAACCCCAAUUGCUCUGGUAAGUCGCUCUGGAUAAGAGCAUCUGCUAAAUGACAAUGUAUUAAAAAAUUUAUGUCAUCCGAUGGACAGCUGUAGAUGUCGUCUGAUUUUGAGACACAUCUCCCUAUAAUUUGGGAUUAAAUAUGUCCUUGACGUUUAUCUAGAAUCAUAUUGAAUUUGUUUCAAGGACACAAUGACACUUAUGUUGUUAAACCAAUCACUCUAAACACUUUCCCCUCUAACUCCCUCUUCAACAAUUUGCACAUUCAGUUAAACAAUUUCCUCCUUUUACAUUGUACUUUCUGUAUUUAAAUACACUUUCUUUUACCUCUUUGCCUCCUUCUCUUGUA